UCCAAGGUCAUGUGGCCGGCAUGACUGCAUGGAACGCCCUUACCUUCCCCCCGGAGCGGUACCUAUUGAUCUACUCACAUUUGCAUGUUUUCGAACUGCUAGGUUGGCAGAAGCUGGAGCUAACAGCGGGCGCUCACUCCGCUCCCGGGAUUUGAACCUGGGACCUUUCGGUCUGCAAGUUCAGCAGAUCAGUGCUUUAACACACUUCGCCACCGGGGAUCCUUUAUUUAUGUGUGUGCGUGUGUAAAUAUAUAUGUGUGUGUGUGUUUCCUAAGGCACUCAAAACGAGAUCCCCAACUUUGCCUUUGUACUGUCAUCCAAAGCGUUUAAACACACACACAGACUGGAUGCAAAAAACGCGAGCGUGUGUCGAACGUGAAACACAAAACUGAGGCCAAGCCCAUGCCUGGUGUCCUGAGGAGGCAGAGCUCGUGGAGGGGAAGCCUUAGCAGCGGCAGGAAGGGAAGGGAGCCCAAGAAAAGACAGGCAGGCAGGGCGGGAGAGGCGCGAAGAAGGGAGGGAGGGGAGACGGGAAGGGCGGUGGAAAAGCCCCCGAAGAAGCGGGCGGUGACGUCACAUCCCCUUGACCCUCCAAUCACCUCGGGGUCCCAUUUGAUUGGAAGGCGGCAAAGGCUUUAAUCUCCCGACUAAUUCAGCUGCCUUUUGAAGUGAGCUUGCCUUCCUUCACCAGAGCCGAGGCGGGCUGGGCAACAGAGGCAAUCCUCGCCGAAGAGGAGGAGGAGGAGGAGGAGGCCAGAGGGAGAGAGAGAGGCCCGGCCUGCCUGCAGAGCGAGAGAGAAAGAGAGAGCAGAGCGGGGCCCUUUGCUGCCUCCUUCCCCGUCUUUGGAGGAGAAAAAAAGGGGAUCGAUCCCCCCUCUCCCUCCUUCGCCUCCCGCCCCGCCAGCUUUCAAUGCCAGGCUUUGGGUCAUGAUUACAUCCCCCUCGCUUUCUGCCGUAAGAAGUAGUCAGCACGGAGGAGGAGGAGGAGCAGCAGAGGCGGCGGGAGGAGGAGGAGGCGGAGGAGGCGCCAGAGAUCUCGGGAACAGCAGCAGCAGCGUCGGCUGCGAUCUUGCGUGGCCAGGCGCACACUCGGGGGAUCCGAACUACGGAGGAGGAGGAGGAAGCAGCCUUGGCGGCAGCAGAAGCGCCUCGUCCGCCCAGCCUUUCUUCCACGCCGUGCCCCCUUCGGACCCUUUGCGCCAGGCGAACCGCCUCCCCAUCAAAGUCUUGAAAAUGCUCACGGCGCGGACGGGGCACAUUUUGCACCCCGAGUAUCUCCAGCCCUUGCCUUCCACGCCCGUCAGCCCUAUUGAGCUGGACGCGAAGAAGAGUCCCUUGGCGCUCCUGGCGCAGACCUGCUCCCAGAUCGGGAAGCCGGACCCCUCGCCUUCCUCCAAACUCUCCUCGGUGACUUCCAGCGGCGGCGAGAAAGAGUCGAGCAAGUCGGGCCCUUUGAAGCUCAGCGACAUCGGCGCGGAAGACAAGUCCAGCUUCAAGCCUUACUCCAAGCCCGGCGCGGAGAAGAAAGACUCUUCUUCGGGGACCGGAGGCUCGGGAGGAGGCGGCGGCGGCGGCGGAGGAGGAGGCGGCGGCGGCGGCGGCGAGAAGCCGGGCUUCCGGGUGCCGAGCGCCACCUGCCAGCCGUUCACGCCAAGGACAGGCAGCCCGACUUCCAGCGCCUCGGCCUGCUCCCCGGGACUCCUUUCUGGCGACGGGGCUAAAGGCGGCAGCGGCGUCGAGUCGGCGGAGAAGAAGGACAGCAACGCCGAGAAGGGAGGCACGGAACCGGGGCGGAUAGAGAGGAUUACAGAACUGAGCCAAGGCCACGACACGAAAGCGCUCCUCGGGGGCGCCUCGUCGUCGUCCUCUUCCUCGUCGUCGUCAGUGUCCUCUGUCUCCUCCGCUUCGUCUCCUCCGUGCGGAGGCGGCGGCGUCGUGAGCUCCUCCUCGGUGCUCAGCUCGGGCCUCGUGGCCCCGGUGUCGCCCUACAAACCAGGACAGGCUGUGUUCCCGCUCCCUCCGCCGACGGGCAUGAGUUACCCGGGCUAUGCAAGCUACGCGCCGCAGUUCCUCCCCCCCGGGGUGGCUUUGGACCCGACCAAGCCCGGCGGUUUGGUGGGGACGCUGAGCUGCAGCGGGAACGGCAAGACGUCCGGCUCGAGCCCUUUAGCGGGCGCGUCUCCACCCUCGGUGAUGACGGCCAGCCUUUGCCGCGACCCGUACUGCUUGAGCUACCACUGCGCCAGCCACUUAACCGGCGCCGCCGCCGCUGCUUCCUGCGCGCACGACGCGGCGCUCAAGCAGGGCUACCCGCCUCAGCUGGUGUACCCCACGCACCCGCUGCACGCCGUGCACUCCGGCGGGGCGCCGCCCUCCUUAGCCGGGCACCCUCUCUACCCGUACGGCUUCCUGCUCCCCAACGAUACUCAGCCGCACAUCUGCAACUGGGUCUCGGCCAACGGGCCCUGCGACAAGCGCUUCGCCUCCUCGGAGGAGCUGCUGGGCCACCUGCGGACGCACACGGCCUUCCCCAGCGCCGACAAGCUGCUCGGGGGCUACCCGGGCUCCAGUUCCUUGGCGGCGGCAGCGGCAGCGGCGGCCAUGGCGUGCCACAUGCACAGCUUGCCCUCGGCGGCUUCCUCCGGCGGCCCUUCCGCGUUGGCGGCUCUGCGCGGCCCGCACCACGCUUUGGGACUCAGCAGCCGCUACCACCCUUACUCCAAGAGCCCGCUCCCGGCGCCCGGCGCUCCCGUCCCCGUCCCCGCCGCCGCGCCUUCCGCCGGAGCCUACUACUCCCCGUACGCGCUCUACGGGCAGAGACUCACCACCGCCUCCGCCCUGGGAUACCAGUGAGUUGAUGGGCACCUUCUCGGGCUUUUUAGGGAGGGAUAUCGAGGGGUCUUGGACCGUUCGCGAAGGAGGAACAGAGAGAGAGAGAGAGAGAGAGGCGCCUCUAACCAACACCCAUAACAAACCAAACAGGACACACUCGAGCCGCCCUCUUUGCUUCUCCCCCAACUUCCUCUCUCUCUCUCCAUUGACUCCUUUUUGAUAUAUAUAUAAAUAUAAAAGAGAGUGUUCAUCGUCAGGACUGGAUCCAUGGGCACUGUAUUUAUUUAUGUUAGCUUCAAGCUGGGACGACGACUCUGAUGACAACAACCACCACCACAACAAAAGUGCAUUUAACUUUUAACUUCAAUAGGCUUAAAGGAAGACCGACGGGAAAAAAAGUAAUGAUGAUGAUAAUGAUGAUAAUAAAAGUGGAGGAAACACCCCUGUUGUAGAAUAUAAAUAAAUCAAUCCAUAAUAAUAAUAAAAAGGAAACAAAAAAAUUGAUAGAAGCUGUUGUUGUUACUUUCCAAUUGCUAUGAUUGUAUUGUAUUGUCUCAUUCGGGGGUGGGUGGGAGGAAAAAAACAAAACCUAAAUGCAUGUUUCUUUUCUUCUUUUUUUAAAGAGUGCAGUUUGGCCACUCAAUUUGCAAUUACAGUAGAGUCUCACUUAUCCAACGUAAACGGGCCCGGAAGAACGUUGGAUAAGCGAAUACGUUGGAUAACAAGGAGAGAUUAAGGAAAAGCCUAUUAAACAUCAAAUUAGGUUAUGAUUUUACAAAUUACGCACCAAAACAUCAUGUUAUACAACAAAUUUGACAGAAAAAGUAGUUCAAUACACAGUAAUGCUACAUAGUAAUUACUGUAUUUACGAAUUUAGCACCAAAAUAUCACGAUAUAUUGAAAACAUUGACUACAAAAAUGCGUUGGAUAAUCCAGAACGUUGGAUAAGUGAGACUCUACUGUAUUAUUAAAUUUUUUGGAACUUUUAUGCCACUACAGGCAAUAAAUUGGUUUUUUUUUUUGGUAUGUCUUCGGGAAGAAAACAAUACGAAUCUGGGCCCGUCCACACAAUAAUAUAUCCCAGAAUAUCAACCCCACAUUAUCUGAAUGUGGACUCAGAUAACUCAGUUCAAAGCAGAUAUUGUGUGAUUUUCUGCCUUGAUAUUCUGGGAUAUAGGGCUGUGUGGAAGGGCCCUAGGUCUUUUCCACACAGCCCUAUAUCCCAGAAUAUCAAAGCAGAAAAUCACACAAUAUCUGCUUUGAACUGAGUUAUUUGAUUCCACACUGCCAUGUAUUCCAGUUAAAGCCGAAAAUGUGGGAUUUUAUUCAGCUGUGUGGAAGGGGCCUCUGUCCCCCCUUAAAAAAAGCCCUCCAUUUGCCUUAUUUUGGUUCUUCUUAAGGAACACUUUUAACUAUUUUUAAAUUUUUCAGUCCACCCUGUCUGUGGAAGGGGCAGAAACAGGGAUGACGUUAUGUAUUUCACAUUGUAUUGCUUUCAAAGAUUAAAAGUUCGAUAUAUUUGAUGUA